AUGAAAGAUUUUGCUGUUAUCAAAUCAAAAGAUAAUGCAUCAGAAAAAGUGAAAAGUAAAACUAAAAGUACAAAAAUGUGGCUAGAGGUAACAAUACAGCAGUUUGAGUUUCUGGUGAAGGUCCUCUUUCAAGAUUUUGAAGAUCUACUUACUGACAUGAUUGUCAAAAAAAGCAUUGUCUCUAUUUUACUUAACAAAGGGGCAGAUCCUAAUCUAGCUAUGAACAAUGGCACAACGCCUCUUGUGAUAGCCAGUCUAAAUGGACACAAUGAUAUCAUCCAACUCCUACUUAGUAAUGGAGCAGAUCCUAACCUAGCUAUGAAUGAUGGCACAACACCUCUUAUGAUAGCCAGUGUAAAUGGCCAUAAUGAUGUUGUCAAGCUAUUACUGGAGAGAAAUGUUCCAAUAAACACACAGAACAAGAAAGGAGUGACAGCAUUUUAUCUUGCCUGCAUGAAUGGUCACUUAUCAGUCAUCUCUACCUUACUUAAUGGAGCAGAUCCCAGCGUAGCGAUAAAUGAUGGCACAACACCUCUUAUGAUAGCCAGUCAAAAAGGCCAAUGUCAUAAUGGUAAUUUAUCAGUCAUCUCUAUCUUACUCAGUAAUGGGGCAGAUCCUAACCUAGCUAUGAAUGAUGACACAACACCUCUUAUGAUAGCCAGUCUAAAUGGCCAUGGUGAUGUCGUUCAACUAUUGUUAGAGAAAAGUGUUCCGAUAAACACCCAGAACAAAAAUGGAUCAACUGCUUUUUUUGGUGCCAGCCAGAAUGGUCACCUAUCAGUAAUAUCUACUUUACUAACUAACGGAGCAGAUCCUAACUUAGCUAUGAAUGAUGGCACAACGCCUUUUAUGAUAGCCAGUCAAAAUAGCCAUAAAUGUCACUUAUCAAUGAUAUCUAUCUUACUUAGUAAUGGAGCAGAUGGUGACCUAGCUCUGAAUGAUGGUACAACACCUCUUAUGAUAGCCAGUGAUCAAGGCUAUAGUGAUAUCCAAAAUGGUCAUUUAUUGGUGAUAUCUAUCUUACUUAGUAAGGGAGCAGAUCCUAACCUUGCUAUGAAUGAUGGCACAAAACCUCUUAUGAUAGCCAGUGUAAAUGGCCAUAGUGAGGCCGUCCUACUGUUACUAAAGAGUAAUGUUCCAAUAAACACCCAGAACAAGAAAGGAGUUACAGCAUUUUAUCUUGCCUGCACGAAUGGUCACUUGUCAGUCAUCUCUACCUUACUCAGUAAUGGGGCAGAUCCUAACCUAGCUAUAAAUGAUGGCACAACACCUCUUAUGAUAGCCAGUGUAAAUGGCCAUAAUGAUGUUGUCAAGCUAUUACUGGAGAGAAAUGUUCCAAUAAACACACAGAACAAGAAAGGAGUGACAGCAUUUUAUCUUGCCUGCAUGAAUGGUCACUUACCAGUCAUCUCUACCUUACUUAGUACUGGGGCAGAUCCUAACCUAGCUAAGAAUGAUGGCUCUACACCUCUUAUGAUAGCCAGUCUAAAUGGUCAUAGUGAUGUUGUUCAACUAUUACUAGAGAAAAGUGUUUUAAUAAAUGCCCAGAAUGAAAAUGGAUCAACUGCUUUUUUUGGUGCCAGCCAAAAUGGUCAUUUAUUGGUGAUAUCUAUCUUACUUAGUAAGGGAGCAGAUCCUAACCUUGCUAUGAAUGAUGGCACAAAACCUCUUAUGAUAGCCAGUGUAAAUGGCCAUAGUGAGGCCGUCCUACUGUUACUAAAGAGUAAUGUUCCAAUAAACACCCAGAACAAGAAAGGAGUUACAGCAUUUUAUCUUGCCUGCACGAAUGGUCACUUGUCAGUCAUCUCUACCUUACUCAGUAAUGGAGCAGAUCCCAACAUAGCUAAUGAUGGCACAACACCUCUUAUGAUAGCUAGUCAAAAAGGCCAAUGUCAUGUCAUCCAAAUAUUACUAAAGAGAAAUGCUGUGAUAAACAACCAGAACAAAAAUGGCUUAACUGCAUUAUUUUGUGCCAGUCAGAAUGCCAGUGAUCAAGGCUAUAGUGAUAUUGUUCAACUUUUACUUGACUGGAAUAUUUUAAUAAACACCCAGAACAGCAAUGGAGCAACAGCAAUUGGUUUUGCCUCCCAAAAAGGUCACUUGUCUCUUGUUUUUACAUUACUCAACAAUGGUGCUGACCCAAAUCUUGCUAUGAAGAAUGGGUCAACACCUCUAAUGGCAGCCAGUGGAAAAGGUCAUAAUAAUGUUGUUCAAUUAUUAGUAGAAAGAAAUGUUCCAGUAAAUAUUCAUGAUGGAAAUGGAAAGACAGCAUUUUAUUGUGCCAGCCAAAAUGGUCACUCGUCAGUCAUCUCUACCUUACUUAGUAAUGGGGCAGAUCCUAACCUAGCUAUAAAUGAUGGCACAACACCUCUUAUGAUAGCCAGUGUAAAUGGCCAUGAACAAGAAAGGAGUGACAGCAUUUACCUUGCCUGCAUGAAUGGUCACUCACCAGUCAUCUCUACCUUACUUAGUAAUGGGGCGGAUCCUAACCUAGCUAUGAAUGAUGGCACAACACCUCUUAUGAUAGCCAGUGUAAAUGACCAUAAUGAUGUUGUCAAGCUAUUACUAGAGAGCAAUGUUCCAACAAAUAUCCAGAACAAGAAAGGAGUGACAGCAUUUUAUCUUGCCUGCAUGAAUGGUCGUUUGUCAGUCAUCUCUACCUUACUUAGUAAAGGGACAGAUCCUAACCUAGCUAAGAAUAAUGGCACUACACCUCUUAUGAUAGCCAGUCUAAAUGGCCAUAGUGAUGUUGUUCAACUAUUACUAGAGAAAAGUGUUUUGAUAAAUGCCCAGACUGAAAAUGGAUCAACUGCUUUUUUUGGAGCCAGCCAAAAUGGUCACUUAUCAGUGAUAACUACUUUACUAAGUAAUGGAGCAGAUCCUAACCUAGCUAUGAAUGAUAGCACAACACCUCUUAUGAUAGCCAGUGUGAAUGGCCAUAAUGAUGUUGUCAAAGUAUUACUAAAGAACAAUGUUCCAAUAAACACCCAGAACAAUAAAGGAGUUACAGCAUUUUAUCUUGCCUGCACAAAUGGUCGCUUGUCAGUCAUCUCUACCUUACUUAGUAAUGAGGCAGAUCCUAGCCUAGCUAAGAAUGAUGGCACUACACCUCUUAUGAUAGCCAGUAAAAAUGGUCAUGGUGAUGUUGUUCAGCUAUUACUAGAGAAAACCAGUGUAAAUGGCCAUAAUGAUGUCGUCAAACUAUUACUAAAGAAAAAUGUUCCAAUAAACACCCCGAACAAGAGAGGAGUGACAGCAUUUUAUCUUGCCUGCAUGAAUAGUCACUUAUCAGUCAUCUCUACCUUACUUAGUAAUGGAGCAGAUCCUAACCUAGCUAAGAAUGAUGGCACAACACCUCUUAUGAUAGCCAGUCAAAAAGGCAAAUGUGAUGUUGUUCAGCUAUUACUAGAGAAAUGUGUUUUGAUAGACAUCCAGAGUGAAAAUGGAUCAACUGCUUUAUUUUGUGCCAGCCAGAAUGGUCACUUAUCAGUGAUGUCUAUCUUACUUAGUAAUGGUGCAGAUCCUAACCUAGCUUUGAAUGAUGGUACAACACCUCUUAUGAUAGCUAGCGUAAAUGGCCAUAGUGAUGUCGUUCAACUGUUACUAAAGAGUAAUGUUCCAAUAAACACCCAGAACAAUAAAGGAGUUACAGCAUUUUAUCUUGCCUGCACAAAUGGUCGCUUGUCAGUCAUCUCUGCCUUACUUAGUAAUGGGGCAGAUCCUAACCUAGCUAAGAAUGAUGGCACUACACCUCUUAUGUUAGCCAGUAUAAAUGGUCAUGGUGAUGUUGUUCAACUAUUACUAGAGAAAGGUGUUUUGAUAAAUGUCCAAAAUGAAAAUGGAUCAACUGCUUUUUUGGUGCUAGCCAAAACGGUCAUUUAUUGGUGA